AUGGAGAACAGCGCCAGGUUCAUGAACCACAGGGUCCCAUCCAACCGGAGGUAUCAGCCAACGGAGUAUGAGCAUGCUGCCAACUGUGCCACACAUGCUUUCUGGAUCAUCCCAAGCAUCUUGGGGAGUUCCAUACUGCACGUAUUGUCCGACAACCAGUGGGAGACCAUAUCGGCCUGGAUCUACGGCUUUGGCCUGACGGGGCUGUUCAUUGUUUCCACCAUCUUUCAUACCAUCUCAUGGAAGAAGAGGCACUUAAGGACUGUGGAGCAUUGCUUACACAUGUUUGACAGAAUGGUAAUCUACUUUUUUAUAGCCGCGUCCUAUGCCCCUUGGCUGAACCUGCGGGAGUUGGGCCCCUGGGCUUCCCACAUGCGCUGGAUGAUUUGGAUCAUGGCCUCCGUUGGGACUGUCUAUGUUUUCUUUUUCCAUGAGCGGUACAAGCUGGUGGAACUGGUGUGCUACAUAAUCAUGGGCUUUUUCCCGGCCGUGGUCAUUCUUUCUAUGCCCAACACGGACGGUCUCUCCGAGCUGAUGGCUGGUGGAGUUUUCUACUGCCUGGGCACUAUAUUCUUCAAGAGUGAUGGACGCAUCCCCUUUGCUCACGCUAUCUGGCACCUGUUUGUGGCAACCGGAGCUGGUAUCCAUUAUUAUGCCAUUUGGAGGUACCUCUAUCAGCCCAACACUUUUGAGGGAAAAACUGCCCGGUAG